AUGACUAAUAAUCUUUCAAUCUUCUGCAUCCUCGACGGAUACACGGUUUCGUCUUCUUUUUCCGUGGAGGUUGCACUUGGUGCCACUGUCGAUAAGCUUAAAGAGUCCAUCAAGGCCACAAUGAGUGCCGGGCUUGAGGGUGUAGAUUCGAACACUCUUACCCUUUGGAAGGUCUCCAUACCCGUUACCAAAGAAGACAUGAACAAGGUCAUUUCUCUGGAAGAACUGACUGACAAAGAGGUUCUACUCCCAACCACUCCACUCAGAGUUGCUUUUGAAGGACUGAAGGAAGGCGAGUUUAUCCACACAAUUGUGCAAUCUCCACUGAAAGUGCCUGGACGCGCCUCAAUCACAACAACAUUUAACGUAUCCCUGCGAUCCACUCAUAUGAGAGCUUUUUCAUGGUCUGUUGAUGUCAUGGAAGCCUCGUUUGAAGACUUUGUAUCAGAAAUAUACGACAACUUCCCUCAUCUUCCAUCAUCCGACUCCCCAAAGAUAAUACUAUAUCUCAACCAAUACGAUAUUAGACAUGUGCACGACGAUCUUUCCUUUCAAGCAGUACUCUUAGAGUUGAGGAAUAACGAUGAUACCAAUAUCGUUGUCGAUCUUGAUACGCCUACACUUAAUCUCUCGAGUUACUCUCUUCAGAGCGUCGACACGCUCUACGGUUUAACCCGCAGUUUCAGUGGGAGGCUUUCAAACUUUCCCGCUUUCGACUCUAUUGACAGCAUCAAAUUCAAUUCCGAGGAACACCGCGUAGCACUGGAAAAUCUCUAUCUUGACCUCGAGAACAGAAUCGAUACUUCUCCUCUCUUAGAGGAUGAAGAUAUUCCUGCCUUUGUGGCGCCACUCCUUCAUCGAUCUGUCGAAUUGUUUAAAGACCAGCUUCAAUUGAAAUAUAGGCCUACCCUCUUAGGGAUACGUGGCGAGAGUCAACCUGACUUUAUAAUUGAGACAAAGGAUUAUACAAAGGAGUAUGUCAUCGUAACAAAGGCUUUGAGCAGUGAUAUCGGAUCUGCUGUUGCUCGAAACAUGGUACAACUGGAACAAACACUGAUGCGGCAACAGGCAAAGCAACAGCAGAAAGAGAUGCAAGCAAGAAUCUGUAAAAAAAGAAAACGCGACGACCAUGGGACAAAUACUGAAGCCGAGUCUUCUGUCUGCUAUGGGCUCGUAACUGACGGGAGCUUUUGGCAUCUUACUGAAUGCAGUCUUGAACCCGUGGCUGGAUCAUGUUUCCUCUAUCCUAAAUUCCGUACAUCCCCUCUAGGCAUCGUUACUUCAUUCCAAAAGAAUAGACUUAAAGUUGAUGGUACCCAAAAAGCGUUUGGCACUCUUAUUUGGCUUCUUGAUACACUGAUGCUGGCGUCAAAUAAGCGAAGGAAAAUGAAAUAA